AUGAUGGAAGAAAAAGCACACGGAGCCAGAGCGAUCGAAAACCCCUUUGUAAAGCCCGAGAAUCAAGGAUGGACUGUAUCUUUGCACCGAUCUCUUGUUCGAAGCGUUUCGCCUCCGCCAGCCAGGGGCAGGAAACGCCGACGUGGAUGUCAAAACCCCCGUAGGGUCGCCGAUGAAGAUGGUACGAAGCCCGAAGAUCAGCCACACAGCGGGUCGAAUGUUGAUAUCGCGGCUAUUGAGGCUGGAAAAGAGGAUGUUGAAGAUCAUCUAGGAAUAUUCUCCGCGCGCCUCCGGGCUUCGACGCGGGCUGAGCUGCCGCAAGUCCCGCGUCUGGCCCAUUCAGCGUGGAGGGACCUCUAUCUAAGGAACCAGCAUGACGACGGCAGGCAUUUUGUCGUUCAUCAGCAUGAUCAUCCCAUUGCUGGCCCGCACUAUGACCUCAGGCUGCAGUUUUCACGGACAAGCUCGUUGAGCUUUGCUAUCAUGUAUGGCCUGCCUGGGAACCCAAACAGCAAGCGAUUGAGUAGAAAUGCUACCGAGACAAGAGUGCACAAUUUAUGGAAUCACUUGAUUGAAUCGGCGUCUGCGGCGUCGGGCAGCAUGAUCAUCUGGGAUACUGGGGAGUACUCUGUGCUGCCGUAUUACGACAACGACGCCUUGCAAACAGACCAGUCCGAUGCUAGUAUUUCUGCAGAAGACCACCUUACAGAAAGCGAAAAGCUUCGAAGAGCAUUUCAUCAGCGGAAAAUUCGCCUGAGAUUGCACGGCACUCGGCUGCCGCCAAACUAUACAGUAACUCUUCGGCUUGCACGAGGUAACAAUGCAUCGAGACAGCCGACAAAAAGAAGAAGAACAAGAGAUAGACGGAAAGAAAUCAGCCGGAGACCCGAAUUGACUUCAUCGGACAGUGAAGAACUGGAAGAGAGGCCAUCCUCGGACCAACCCUCACAUUCUGAUCAAGAAGAUGAAAUUAUCCGCCAGACAAAUGCGUAUAGAGGGGCAACAAAUUCACUCGCUUCUAUCUACCAACGGACUUGGUACAUGACCCUGGAUCGUGUCAAUUCGGGGUUUGAUAGGUGUGUGGACAGCACCCGAGCCGUGCGCUGGGCGAGAAAAGAAGAAGCAAGCCCUGGGAACGGAGCCAGUCCUUCGGGAUUCGAGCCGUUCUUCGUCCGGGGACCAGACUUCGAGCGGAGUGUGCUCACCGGAAGGCUGGGCAGCGAUGUUCUCAGUGAUGAGGCUGUUGUUGGCUUUCGCGGGAGAAGAGGAUGGCGUGCCGUUCUCGAAUAA